AACCGAACCUAAUCAAUCCCCCACCCAUUCAUUUCCCUCUUCGUGGACUUACUGCAUACCUUCCCCCAUCUUUACUUCUUGGCUCCUUCCCCUGCCUCCGUCUCUGGCUGAGCAAAAGAUUGGAUUGUCAUCACCCCUCCCCCCCAGUCAAUAAUUCUUUUCACGUACAUAGAGGGUCCUUUUUUGCCUGCUGCAAGUUGCCGGUCUUUCCGUGCGGCGGUAUAAUUGGUGGGAUGGUAUUGGGUGUGGCUUCAGCGUCUUCUUUUUGAUCAAUUCUUGCUCAUGUUCAAACAAGGAGAAGAAGCUUCCUCUUUUGUUGGUGAUGGGUAGUUUCCUGCUGGGCGAAUACGACUGCCCUGUUCGUUCUUUAUCCGUUUCGCGAGUCCUCUCUUUAUGGGCAUAGAAAGAGGAUUGGAGUUCUUGAGAAUUGUGAGAUGGGUAUUGGGUGUUGAGUGAAUUCUGUAAAGAUCAAUUCUUUUUAGAGUGAUUCGUUGAUUGUUGCAACAUGGGUUGCAUGUAUUCUAAGAGUUCAGCGGUUGAUGACAGCCGAGAGAGUCCCAAAGACAGAGUAUCGUCUAGUAGGCGAUUAUCAGAGGUGAAAACUUCAAGAUUGGAUUCAUCGAGGAGAGAGAAUGGGUUCAGGGCAAGAGAUAAGGUGGGUGAUGUGAGUGUUAUGUUGAUCGAUAAGAAAGUGAACGGGUCUGCUAGGUUUUGCGAUGAUCAGAUUGAGAAGAAGAGUGAUCGUCUUCAGAAGCAGAGGAGAGAGAGAGCGGAAGCAGCUGCGGCGGCUGAUCACCCUGGCGCUGGUCGGGUCCCCAAGGCGGUAGAGGGCGAGCAGGUGGCAGCCGGGUGGCCGGUGUGGCUGUCCGCGGUGGCAGGAGAGGCCAUCAAGGGAUGGCUUCCGCGACGGGCGGACACUUUUGAAAAGCUGGACAAAAUUGGCCAAGGAACUUACAGUAGCGUGUACAAGGCACGUGAUGUCACUAAUAACAAAAUUGUGGCUCUGAAAAGAGUGCGGUUCGACAACCAUGAUGCUGAGAGCGUCAAGUUCAUGGCGAGGGAAAUCCAUAUCUUGCGUAUGCUUGAUCAUCCUAAUGUUAUAAAGCUGGAAGGCUUGAUAACUUCAAGGAUGUCCUGUAGCCUGUACCUUGUUUUCGAGUACAUGGAGCACGAUCUUACUGGACUUGUGUCGCGGCCUGAUGUAAAAUUUUCUGAGCCACAGAUCAAAUGUUACAUGAAGCAGCUUCUAAGCGGUCUCGAUCAUUGUCAUAAACAUGGGGUCCUACACCGGGACAUAAAGGGCUCGAACCUUCUCAUUGACAACAAUGGCAUCUUGAAGAUUGCGGAUUUUGGUUUAGCCAGCGUCUUUGAUCCUCAUCAGACCGCUCCGCUGACAAGCCGGGUGGUAACUUUAUGGUACCGACCACCUGAACUUUUGCUUGGAGCUUCUCGCUAUGGAGUUGAGGUGGAUUUGUGGAGUACCGGCUGUAUACUAGGUGAACUCUAUACUGGCAAGCCUAUAUUGCCAGGGAAAACAGAGGUGGAGCAAUUGCAUAAAAUUUUUAAGCUUUGCGGUUCACCGUCUGAUGAUUACUGGAGAAGAUUGCAUCUUCCCCAUGCAGCUGUUUUCAAGCCUCCACAACCUUAUCGACGAUGUGUCGCGGAGAUAUUCAAAGAACUCCCUCCAGUUGCUUUGGGCCUCUUAGAGACCUUAAUCUCUGUAGAUCCUUCACAAAGAGGGACAGCAGCUUUUGCUCUCAGGAGUGAGUUCUUUACAGCAAGUCCCCUUCCUUGUGAUCCUUCAAGUCUGCCCAAAUAUCCACCAAGCAAAGAAAUUGACAUGAAAUUGCGGGAGGAGGAAGCAAGACGGCGUGGAGCAGCUGGAGGAAAGAACGAGCUUGAAAAGAGAGGAACCAAAGAUUCACGAACAAAUUCUGCAUAUUAUCCUAAUGCAGGACAAUUGCAGGUCAAACAAUGCCAUUCCAAUGCAAAUGGCCGAAGUGAAAUUUUUGGCCCUUAUCAAGAGAAAACUGUGUCUGGGUUCUUGGUUGCACCCCCUAAACAGGCGCGAGUUUCCAAGGAAACAAGAAAAGAUUACGCAGAGCAACCAGAUAGAGCUUCAUUCUCGGGACCACUAGUUCCAGGUCCCGGAUUCUCCAAGGCUGGAAAAGAACUUGGCCAUUCAAUCACUGUCUCAAGAAACACCAAUCUAUCAACACUGUCGAGUUUAGUCACUAGUAGAACCGGAGAUAACAAACAAAAAUCUGGUCCUUUAGUGUCAGAAUCAGCAAACCAAGCAAGCAGAUAUUCAGGACCCAUAAGGGAGAUGGAGCCUGUGAGGAAGCAGGACCGUAGGAGUCAUGUGCGGACGAAUAUUGAUUAUCGUUCGAGAGAAGAUGGAAAUUCCAGUACCAAAGAACCUGCUCUGUACGGACGUGGGUCUGCAGGAAACAAGAUCUACGUCUCAGGCCCGUUGCUCGUCUCAUCAAACAAUGUGGAUCAGAUGCUCAAAGAGCAUGACCGUCGAAUCCAAGAACAUGCCAGGAGAGCACGGUUUGAUAAGGCUAGAGUGGGCAAUAAUCAUCCCCAAGCAGCCGUCGACUCUAAGCUCGUGUCCAUGCACGAUGCCGGGUAGACUCCCUGCAAAGAGCUACUAAAUGUCAGAUAUAUCUUCAAAGCUGGGCAAGCUUACCUGCCUAUGCGAAGGGAAGCGCAUAUAGAGGCUUAGCAGGGUAGCUCAUCCAUUUGGUUUGGGAUUUAUCUUAUAUGUAUAGUCGGCAUCUUUCUCUGCUCAUUCUUAUUUUAUUGUCAUGGUAGCGAGGUGGGAUCUCUGGUAAGGAAGAGUCGGCCACCUUUUAGUACACUAUGUAAUACAUAGUUUACGACAGGAUAUAGCAGAAUUAGAAUAAGGUCAAUCUAGAAACUGAUUUGUUUCUGAAUGGCGCGCCGCGCACGCAGCAAGCGCUUGUAACCAGUGUUAUGAGAAAAAAUGCAUCGCAUCGUCACUUGAACGGCC